AUCACUAAGCCGUCAUAUAAAUGAUGUUUAUCUAUCUAUUUAUGUAUAUACGUAAUCAAAUACAAAAAUUUAAUACAAUUAAAGAUAAAAUUGUUUUGUUACGACAAGCUCAUGACAACAAUCAUAUCUUUUUGAGGUUAUUUGAAACCGGCUAUAUUUUUAUCAAUUUUUAUCAGUUCAGUGUUUAUCUUCAUGGCACUCGCUUCUAAAGGUAUUUUUGUGGUUGGCGCGAAAAGAACGCCAUUUUGCAAAUAUGGCGGUUCUCUCCGAGAGUUACCAUCAUCACAUGCAUUUGCGGCCGCGGCAAAAGAUGCCUUAAAUUCUGGAAAUCUUAAUCCAAGUUUAGUCGAUAGCACAAUUGUUGGAAAUGUUAAUUUUCUCAGUCAAUGCGAUGGCGGUAAAACUCCCAGAUAUUGUGGUAUUUAUGCCGGAGUUUCUAUUGAUAAGCCAGCAUUGGGGGUAAAUAAGGCUUGUGGUUCGGGUUUACAAGCCGUCCUCACUGGUGCUAUGGAGAUAUUAAGUGGGUCUGCUAACGUCUGUCUAACAGGAGGAACAGAAAUUAUGUCCUCUCUCCCCAUACUGGUUCGUAACGUACGAUUUGGUACGACUCUCGGUUCAUCAUAUCACUUUGAAGAUCAUAUAAAAAAACGUUUUCUGGACAGUUAUACGGGACUAACAUUGGAAAAGAUGGCAGAAAAUAUUGCGGUAAAAUACAAAAUAAGUAGAGAGAUGGCCGAUAAUUUUGCGCUUAACAGCUAUUUAAAGUGGAAGAAAGAACAAGAAUCAAAACAUUUUAAUGAAGAACUUACCAGUUUAAGUGUUAUGUUAAGAAAAAAGGAGGUUCUAGUAGAUAAGGAUGAACUUCCUGAAGCAAACAUGACUUUAGAUGAUAUGGCUAAAUCACUUACGCUGCUAGAAGACGGAGCGGUAGUGACAUCUUUAAACUCAGCGGUGCCCGCAGAUGGAGCCGCAGCUCUCGUUCUGGCUAAUGAAGCUACAAUCGAACGUAACAACUUAAUUCCUCUGGCGAGAGUGUCGGGCUGGGCAAGUGUAGGAGUCGAUCCUAUGGAGACUGGAUUAGCGGCUGCACCGGCUGUGAAGAAACUUUUACAAGUUACUGGCAAAGAUAUUGGUAGCGUCGAUUUAUUUGAGAUAAACGAGACAUUUGCUGUUCAAGUUUUAGCCACUGUUAGGGAGUUAAAGCUUGAUGAUAGCAAAGUCAACGUUAAUGGCGGAGCCCUUGUGCUCGGGAACCCUGUGGCCGCGACCGGCGCUAGAAUGGCCGUCCAUCUUGUUCACCAUCUUAAACAUAAUAAAGCAAAGCGAGGGAUCGCCGUGUCCAGCUGUGGGGGUGGACAAGGAGUGGCGGUUAUGUUUGAAGCUGUAUAAAAAUAUUUUUAAUUAAAUAGUUGGUACUAUUGCUAAUAUAUAGUACAAAAAAGGAUCUAA